GUGAUGAAUGUAUUUAAGGUGUUUUACUUCACAAUAUCUGGGCCUCCUAUGUGUUCAAAAGAAUCUGUUCAAAAGAAUGAUGCACGAUACGAUACGAGGUUUAUUUGAUGUUAACUUAUACGAUGUUUAUUUGAUACGAUGUCGAUCUACAUGCAUGUGUGUAACGAAAUGUUCUUGCGCCGCCAACUGUUAUAUAAUAUGAAGGAAGUACUGGAUGAAAUAACUGCAGACAAAACUAUCAGCCCGAAUGCAUAUUUUCUCAAAUGUUUGCGAAUAAAACUCCAGAGCUGAUGAUGGCGCAAUGCCGAAAGCUUCUCAAAAAGUUUGUUUUAUUUCGAAUCCGGAAUUUACUUUUAGAUAGAAUGAGAGUGAGGUUAAUUUUCUUACUAUUUGUUACAAUGUCUCUCAAGCUAGCGUUGAAACAUAUUCAAGACUAUUCUCAAUCAUAGUCAAACGCCGUUUAGUUUAGUUAUGUUGCCUCAAUGUUGCCUAGCAGAUGUGUUGUGACAUCCAUUCGAUCCACUGGCUUCGAUCAAACGAGAGUGGCUGGGUAUUAAACGCGUUACCAUAGCAACCAUUCCAGAGCCCCAUCGCUAGUUCCACACCUCCACACAACCAACGACACUCUUUGGUGCAGUGCCCACCGCGUGUUCAGGUGGCUGGUGGGGGCUCCAGUUGUUUUGAUAUUCUGGUAAUAUGUUCGUAAAAAAGUUCAUUCUGUCGGCAUUCAAAAAAUUAGUUACAUUUUUAUCGUACUUACAAUAGCUCGCUUCGUCGCGAUGAACGUUUGAUUAUAUAUUCAAAGGUGCUCUAAAACGUGUGUUAAAACCAACAGCAACCGUCAUUUUCUUUAGAACGUCAUAUCUACCCCGAAAUAAGGGAACAUUCCAUGCAUCAUGUCGGCUAAUGAGAAAUCCGACGAGCCAGGAGAUAACGAAAACGAGGCUGAUAUUGAGCAGGAAUCCGAACCACUCACGACCCAGCCACCUAUUGACGACUCUCCAGCUGACGCUCCGAGUAGGGGAGAAUCAGGCCGCGAUCAAAGUCCACCUGAACAGCAAGACAACAAUGAUGAAGACCACUAUUCCGGUGAAGAAGUCAUGGAUAUCGACCUCAACUUUGAAGACAUGGAGUUGGAGUUUCAGGGGGUUCUGGAGGAGCUCUCGCAGGACCCGACGCUGGCGCGGUUCCGCAUGGAGUACUCGAAGCUGCACGCGGCGCUGCAGCGGUCGCACCACAACGAGCGCCGUCUGAUGGACAAGUGUCGCGAGCUGCAGGCAGAGAUCGCCUCUCACUCGGCCGAGGUGGCCACCGCGCUCAAACUCGCCUCUGACGACAAACAGACCAUCGACGCGCUCAAAAAGGAAGUAGAAAAGGCGUGGAAGAUGGUGGACCUGGCCCACGAACGGGAACAAGAGGCCAAAGAAACGAUGGAGGCUCUGCAGAACGAGAUCACCCGACUGCACGAGCUAUCCGGCCAGGGCGAGGCGCUAAUGGCCGGCAGACAGGACGCUGUGUCUGAGCUGUCGGGAGCUCGCGAUGAGCUGCAGAAGGAGCGGGACGGCCUGCUGCACGACGUGGCUCAGAUGCGCUCACAACUGGAGACGGUCAACGCCAAACAGGAUGCCGUGGAGGCUCAGAGGCUGGAGCUGGAAACCAAACUAGAGUCCGCCAACGCCGAACUGCAGGUUCAUCGUGGUGACAUGCAGCGAGAAAUUCGUCGCAAGGAGCGAGCCGAGCGAGACCUUCGGGCUGCCCGGGCCGAAAUUGACGCCAAAGAGGGAGAAAUCAGAGUACUCAAAGGCCAACUUCAACAGUACGAGGAACAGUUCGGUAAAUCGGAAGCUGCGCUCAAAGAUCAAAAGGCCAAUCUCGAGAAGACAACGAAAGAGCUGGAGGCGAUGACCCAAAGGGCGCAAAAGCUACGGCACGAUUAUGAAAUACAACUGAUGACAGCUGAUCAACUUGCGCAAGAAAACCAGCACAAAGUCACCGAACUUAAGGGCCGGGAGGAGGAGAUGGCAGCGCUGCGCCAGGAGGUGGCCCGGCUGGGAAAGCUGCGCGACAGUCUGACCCGGCGACUGCGCGCCGCCGAGGAGCAGCGCUCCGGUCUACAGGCCGAGAUGGAGGCCUCGACGGCCACCAAACACCGGCUGGCGCGCGACCUCGAGCAGGGCCAGCGACAGGCGGACGCCGACAAAAAGACAAUGGACGAGCUCAGAUACGAGCGCGAGCUGCUCAAGAAGGGAAUGCUAAAAGUUCAAGCGCUUUCUCAAAAACAACAAAAUCUUAUGAAGCUGCACGACCAGGCGAAGAAAACUCUGGAGUCAGAAACAAAUGCACUGAAGCAAUCAGUUAUGAAGAAAAACUUCGCCAUUUCCCAACUGGAAAAGGAGCGAGAUAAGUAUAUUUCGGAGUCAGCAACCCUGACACAGAGGGUGCUCAGCCUCAUGGAAGCAAUCAAGAUAAAGGAACUGGAAAUAUUCGACUAUCGAAAGAAAAUGUCCGAAGUGGAGUCAAAACUCAAGCAACAGCAGAGCCUGUAUGAGGCCGUGCGAAGUGACAGAAACCUGUACAGCAAAAAUUUAAUCGAAUCACAGGAUGAAGUGUCCGAGAUGAAAAGAAAACUGAAGAUUCUUACACACCAAAUAUACCAAUUAAAACAGGAAACAACUACCCGAGAAGCCCUUCUAAUCAAAGAACAAAAUGAUCUGCGGCGGGUGUCGGCCGAGAAGGAAGCACUCCAGCUCGAUCUCGAGGGACAUAGAGUUCAGGCCGUGGCUAUGAAAAACAAAAUUAACGAGUUCGAGUCCGAACAUCUGAAGCUAAAUAAAGUGAUCGCUAACAGCGAGGCUGAGCGCAACAAGCAGCGCAAGGACAUGAACCAGAUCAUGACCGAGAGGGACAUCCUCGGGACGCAGCUGGUCCGGCGAAACGACGAACUGGCUCUGCUCUACGAGAAAAUCCGGAUACAAGAGAGCACUCUCAGCAAAGGCGAGCAGCAGUACAGGGAGCGCAUCAAGGACAUCGGUCUGCUAAAACUCGAAAUAAAGAAAUUAAGGCGAGAGAAGAGUCUGCUGAAUCGCAGUGUGCACAAUCUGGAGGACAUGAGGCGAGAGAUGUACCACAUGCACCGGGCGCUGCUCAAGGAGCGCUCCAAGUGCAACGCCUUGGAGAACGAGCUCCAAAACCCGCAAAACGUCCACCGCUGGCGGAGGCUCGAGGGAAGUGAUCCAAAUACUUAUGAGAUGAUAUUGAAAAUACAAACCCUUCAACGGAGACUUAUUAUGAAGACCGAAGAAGCAACCAGGAAAGAAUUAGAGGUGCAAGAGAAGGAGAAGCUGUACCUGAGUCUGAAGCAGAUCCUGUCUCGGCAGCCGGGCCCGGAGGUCGCCGAGCAGCUGAUGCUCUGCCAGGGAUCCCUGCGCCAUAAAACGCGACAAAUGAAGAGCCUGGUCUCCGAAUUGAAUAUGUAUGAAUCGCAAAUGCAAGAAUACAAACUAGACAUUGAUCGUCUUACAACUGAGCUGAAAGAAAUUAAGAAACGUUACGCGAUGCAGAAGCGGCAAGAGAGUCGGCUGCGCGGCCAGCUGCAGGAAGUCAGAGUCGAAGACUGCCCCCAGUCGGUUCCCGCCCGUGACGGCGACCGUCGGGGGCCGCCACGCGCCACCUCUGGGCGGCGGCUUCAAGCUGGCACCCAUCGGCGGCGCCGACAGCACCUAGAGGGCAGCACAGACGGCUCCAGAGACUGCGGCCUCAGUGACAGGGAUCUCAACAAAUACGUGGCCAAUUCCGGGCUCUAGAGACAAGCUUCCCGUGUGGUGCCAAUUUUGCGAGACAUUCGAAAUUACCCGACGAAAUUCCGGUCUUCUGGUCCCCAUGGUGGCUGAUGAGCUGCACUUGGUGCUGACCUGAAGGUGUUACGAGUGGCUACCAAUGCUGUGCCCACACGCAUCCAGCGUGUGACAGGUGUGAUCAGUCAGGUGCCACCAACCAGCGCUAGGUCGUCAGUAGGCGAUGCGUGCCUGUCCAGUUCGCCUGCUCCGUCUUACCCCGUAUCCCUCGUCUCGAAGUGGCACGCUACUGUGACGUCUGUCCGUUGUGUGGACGUUCCAUUGUACACUAAAUCGCACCAUGUUUUGUACCGAGACGACCGAACUCCGAUAUACAGAGUUUUUGACAUUUUUACCAUGGAAUAUUUUAUAUAGCGUCUCAUAUUCAUGGGUGAUGGCAAUACAUGCAUGACACAUGCUGAAUAACGCGUUCAUCUGGAAGUUCAUCGUUCCAGAUAUGGAUAAUUGAUAAGAUGUCGUAUAAGCUAGCCCGUUUUGUGAACAGUUUGCGACGGAAGGCCGGAAAAUUAUGAUAAUCUAAUACAUUUAAAGAUCUUUUG